CUCAACCUUCUUUCUGCUUCGGUAUAUAGGUGUAGUGUUAUAAGGUCCAGUGAAUUUAAUAUGAAAUUUUGUUAAAUUAACAAAUCUGUAAUCAUAAAGUAAAAAUUGAAUCGACUAUUAUCCGCUGAAUAUGUACACUUUACAGUUAUGUUUUUGUUUGUCAUUGGCCAUUGGAGUGUUUGGAGAUGGAGAAGUUAUUUUCCUGAGCAAACCUCCAAAUGUUGAGUUUCGAGGUCAUGAACCUUGCGACACUGGCAUUGUGAAAGAUAUCUGUUCUACUUCUCUUGGCUUCACAACAUAUCAAACAAGUGAAUGGCCAGGACUGUACAUCAACAGUCCGUUCAACUUUGCUGAGUCUGUGGUUGUGGUUGCGCUCCACGGUGUGGCUUCUCUCGGCCUCAAUGAAGGGCACAAGUUCCCAUUCGUUGCAGACUCUCCACUUGACGAGAUCUGGACGAGUCUAGAAAGUAAAGUCUUAGAACGCUACCCGUAUGGUGAAAAUCAAUCCUUGGUGGAAAUCAAUUGUGAUGAUGACGUAAGAGCUGCUGAAAUAAACCUGAACAAAGGAAACUUAAAAUUGAAGCGACCAAGUGUCAAGUAUUUGAAGGAAAGUGAAGACGAAGACAAUAGCUUUAUCAGCCAAGUUGCGUUACUACAGGCUGUAUCAGACAAGAUUGAAGAAAAAGGAGUUCCCGCUGAUGGUCUACCAGAUGUGUUCUUCUUCAAUGUCAAAGGUCUUCAUCCUGUCAUUGAUAUUUAUGGAGAAAACUCAAAUACUGUCACAGAAGCUAAGAACUUGGUGAUAUCAACCGUUCAACAGUUGAAGGAAGUAUUUGAACAGGCUUACCAAAACAAGACUUUGUUUUUGGUGUUGUCAAGUGACUCUGCCCAUACCCGCAGGUUCCGACGUGCCACUACAGAGUUAGCUACGGAUAGAAAUUUGGCUCCAGUAUACGAUGAGAACUACCCAGUAUUUUUCAACAUCUUCCUCUGGUUUACAAUUGCUUUCAUCAUGACGAUCAUUGCCACGUCAACUGUUACUGCUUGUAUGGACCCUGGCAGGGAUUCAAUCAUCUACCGUAUGACAAGCACCCGAAUGAAGAAAGACAACUAAACCCACUUGUGUUGCUACAGACCCAGUUUCUUUACACUUAAUAUAAGUGUAGACAAAUAAUUUGUAAUUAGAAACAACGUAUAAGGCAGUAUUUUUUUUCUUUGUAAAUAUAGUAAAUUAUUGUCAUGUAUCAUUCCAUGUAUAUUUUAAAAUCUGUUGGCAGUUUGGUCCCAUUUGUAGUAACAAUAUACAGUUGUGUAAGGUGUUGGUGUAAAUAAAUGUUUCAUAAUUUUAAAUUAAGUACUCACAAUAUUCAAGGAUUUGUUUUUACAUGUAACAAGUAUGUGUACAUUUAAAGUUAGGCCAAUAGUUUGUUUUAGAUGUUUUAAAUAAUAUAAGUUUAAGUAAAACUA